AUGCUUCGGCUCGAAUCUGGGAAGUGCUUGGAUUCCGACGUGGCGUUUCCUGCCACCAGAAACAACCGUCGGGUUAAUCAGCCCGUGCCCUAUGGCGGUUGUAAUGAUCGGCUUUACUCUCAUUUGGCUAUCCGAUCAGCCAGCACCCUGACCCCGAAAGCCCGUUCUUGGCUCGCUGCGAAUUUUCACGCCGAGUGUAUCCCCUUAUAUCCUCUGGUCAGACUGGCUGGCUGCAUCUCGACCACUCGCCAUCAGUCUUCCAGCGCAUUGGUAUGUUCUCUCCAGACCAUCCUACCCUAUCAUCAUCGACUGAUUGAAGCGGCAUUAGGUCCAGCACAUCCCAACUGA